AUGGUGCACUGCGAGCUGGAAUGCGGGGCCAGGUUCCACGCCUGCAAGCAACAUGACCACCUCGCGCUGUGCCGGAAUCAGCCCGUCGCCUGCCCCAACGCGGGCUACGGCUGCCCGACCCGCGUGCGGAGAUCACAGAUGCGCAGCCAUCUUGGCCGGUGCCCGGCCAGCGUUGUGCAAUGUAAGAUGGAGUGGAGCCGGCUCCGGGUCUGCCCGAAUGCGCGGGAGAAUCUGAGCGACAGACCUCUCCGUCUUCUGACAAAAUCCGACCGGGAAGACCUCGACAUCGCACUCACUCUGCGGGACCAACGCAUGCUCUCCGAAUCCGUCCAGGCAUCAGUGGAGGCGCGGGAGAUACUAGCAAAAAGUAGUGACGAAAUAUAUCCUGCCGUACCCUUGCCUGAUAGUGCGUCUAAGGGUCAAAGCUUAGAAGAUAAAUUAAUCGAGCUUGACUACAUCUUUCAAACAAAAAAAUCGGAUUGUGCUUCAUAUUGGCACAGUAAGGACAGUGUACCUUGCUACAAGAAGAGAUGGCACCCUAAAGCCACAGAAUCCGAUCUCCAUCAAUCAGAACCAACAGAAGGAAGCAAGUUGCAUGACGGGAUAGGUGAGGAGAUAAAAGAAGAGAGAACCGACCUAGUACCAGCCUUGUUCGUUGGUAGGCAACCACUCAGAAGUGAUUUGAAGAUUGUCAUGAUGAGAAAGAUGACUCCAGGCGAUUCAUCCCGAGAGGUGCAGGGAUGUGGCGUAGACUCCGUACCAGCCUCCACCUCAUCAAGCACCUCAACUGUGCCAGGAUCCCUGGACCUGGAUGUUCGCGCACGUUCGCCCUCUACAGAAAAAGCCAAUUGCACGCUCAUGUUCCGCUGUGCGCAGGAUUUUAGAUUGGACGAAUUUGGGUCCCACUUCAAGUUCGUUCACGAUGAGGUCCACACGGGUCUCCAUGGCUGGCUAGUUCAGCGCUGCCCUCUAGCGAUCUAUGGUUGCACGUACUCGCAGCAUCAGCGCUACCCCAACCAGGAAUACAACAGAGUUGUUUACAACCAACCACUGGAGAGUUUCACAUUCAAACGGGUGGAGGAUAUCUUCAAGGAUACAGCUCAGAUUGAAAAGAUGUCAGCAUCAACCAAAGAUUCUAAGGGACAGACGUCAGCUCUACCAAAAGACAACUCGCCAUCGGGUGAAACGGACCGCCGCUCCACUGCCCGACCCAGAGUCCACCGGUCUCUCUCUUGGGAGCCGGACUACCUCAGCCUGCUUCCCGUAGAGCUCCUGCGAUACCUCACCUGGUUCCUGGACCCCUUCACCCUGAAUUUCCUGGCGCAGGCGUCCAGGCGCCUGCGUCUUGUAUGCUGUAGCGUCCUGGAAGAGCGGGGGAUGGUGGUGCCGCAGUGGGAAAAGAUGGACGGAAGAUGGAGAGUCGCUAAGGAGGUUUGGCAGUUUAGCACAGCAGUCAGCCCAGUCCGUAAGUGGUGCUCGACCGACCCAAACCGUAUGACCGCUCAUCUUGCAAACUGUCCGUACAAUGUCACACAUCAGCACACGGAGCCGCGUGUGCGUCUCGUCAUGAGAGGUCGACGAUUACCACCACUGUGGGGUAGGAAACAGGGGGAGUACGAGAAUUUGGAAUAUCCGUUUUGGGAUGAAUGA